AUGGCGCCUGGCGGUGGUCGCGACUUCAAUUGCUCGUGGGACAAAUGCGGCAAGUCCUUCAAUCGCAAAUCUGACUUGUGCCGCCACUAUCGCAUCCAUACCAACGAGCGCCCCUACCACUGCACCGUGGCCGACUGCAACAAGAGCUUCAUCCAGCGCAGUGCGCUCACCGUGCACUCGCGCACCCACACAGGCGAGAAACCGCAUGUGUGCGAUCACGACGGCUGCCACAAGGCGUUUUCGGACUCGUCGAGUUUGGCGCGCCAUCGUCGCAUCCACACGGGCAAACGUCCGUAUAUCUGCCAGGAGCCCGCGUGCGAAAAGAGCUUUUGCCGGAAAACGACCCUGACAAAACACCAAUCGCGCUCGCACCCACAGGACGACUCGCGCCUGUCCUCUGUAGAGACCACGCCCGAGCAUGUGUACCAAACCCCCGUGGUGUCCUCGAUGGCACCGACGCAGUAUAUGCUAGCGCAGCCUGCGCCCUCGCUCUACCAACAACAGGACUUUUACCAAACACCUCACAGUAUGCCAUCACACAGCAUGCCUCUAGCGCAGCCGCCUAGCCUUGUGCCGCAUCACCACCCAGUGUCAACAGUGCAUGCGCCGCCGGCAGCAGUCGCGCCAGUGGACCACCAACACCAACAGUACGCGCAGAUGAUGCAGCAGCAGCAGCAGCAGCCUCGAUACAAUCCGACGCCGCGUCCGACUAGCUACAUUCCAACCGAAUACCCGCCGCAGCCUCCGCCGCCGUACCCCGGCCACCAUCAUCCACACACAAUGGUGUCGGACGCCCACCCGAUGAUGAUGUCGUACCAGCCGGAAUACCAGUACAAACCACCACCGGCGCGCAUUCUCAACUCGCAAGAGGGAACCGACUGGGGUUUUCUCGGCAUCAGCUGA